AUGGCGUCUUUCUUGAGGACAGCUGGGCGCGUGAGGACGGCAGUUCCGCACUGUAGUGUGGGUAUUACUUCUCGGGCGCCGAUUGUGGCUCGCCAGAGACGACAUGCUUCUGCGGCAGCGGCCGCCGUUGCAGACAACGGAGAGCAGCCUUUCUUCCCCGACGAGCCCAGAUUGCCUAUUGUGAACACGGAGAUUCCUGGUCCGAACAGCAGAAGAGAAAUCAAGAGGCUGAGCAAGGUUUUUGAUACAAGAAGCUUGAAUAUGAUGGCGGAUUACUCACAGAGUUAUGGAAAUUACAUUGCGGAUCUUGACGGCAACGUACUUCUGGAUGUAUACGCACAAAUUGCAUCUAUCCCCGUAGGCUACAACAACCCAUCCCUCCUGCUCGCCGCCACCUCCCCCGAGAUGGCGUCCGCCAUCAUCAACCGCCCAGCCCUCGGGAAACUUCCCGCAGCACGACUGGGCCGAGAUCCUAGAAACUGGUGUCUUAACCGUCGCCCCCAAAGGCCUCAAUCAAGCGGCGACAACCACGCCACCCCUACCUUCUUCCGCGGCCUACGCCAGCUCACCAAGAAACAUGACGUAAUGUUCAUCGUCGACGAAGUGCAAACCGGCGUCGGUGCAACCGGCAAAUUCUGGGCCCAUGAACACUGGGGUCUAGACACUCCACCGGACAUGGUCACCUUUUCCAAGAAAGCGCAAACCGCCGGAUAUUAUUUCGGAAACGACGCCCUCCGCCCUAACAAACCGUAUCGUCAAUUCAACACUUGGAUGGGUGAUCCCGCUCGCGCUAUCCUCUUCCGCAGCAUCAUCCAGGAAAUCGAGCGCCUCGAUCUUGUCGCUAACACCGCUGCCACGGGCGAUUAUUUGUUCGCGGGCUUGGAACGCUUGAGUGAGAGGUUUCCCGGUGAGAUUAUGAACCUCAGGGGCAAGGGCCAGGGCACGUUUAUUGCGUUUGAUAGUGGGAGGAGGGAUGAGGUGCUCAGGAAGGCAAAGGGUAAAGGAGUUAAUAUUGGUGGGUCUGGGGAGAGGGCGGUGCGGUUGAGGCCGAUGCUUAUUUUCCAGAGGAGACAUGCGGAUUUGUUGUUGGAGAGGUUAGAGAGGGUGUUUUUGGAGUAGAGUGGUUGUAGGUCGUAUAUGAGCGAGGAUCAUGAGUGGAGUUUAGUUUGCGGUAAGGCGUUUACGGAUGUGGAGAGUUUGGAUAAUUACACGUUCAGCCGGAUGAAUCUACCUAAGUUCUGUUAGGUGACGAUAUCAAA